CAUCAUCAGAGAAUAGGAUCCAAUAGUAUCCAAGUCCAAGAAAAAUCCUCCCAAAGCAGAAUCCCCCAACAGGAUUACGACACCUGUUUGAAGACGACCGUGCACAUCUGACAGUGCCCAAUUCGGAUCCAGUUAGGCAAACAAACCCAAAAACUAGACUAAACCAAACCAAACCCAACAGUCUUUUGGGUUUCUUCUGUUUCUCAGUGUUGCUCUUAGAGAGGCAGCCUUCCACACUAAACAAAGUUCAGUCAGCUUUCUGCAGCAUAUUAAGGCGUUUUUCAUUUGAAUUUGUUGGUGUUUGGGGGGUGUGUGUGUGUUAUGGAUUUGGAAACUCCAUUGUUAGUGCAAAAUGAAGAAUCGGGUUUGGAUUCAAGGAGCUACUGCUGCAAGUUAGGGAACUCAGUUGCCUUGUUCAAGCACAGUUUCUUCUCUAAACUGCCGGACAAGCUUCGGUCUGGCCUUGAUCCCGACACCCCUUUCCAGAUUGAUCUCUCUAAAACCACUGGCUUAAUCAAAGGAGAGAAAGAAUACUAUGAAAGGCAAUUUGCAACGCUCAAGUCUUUUGAAGAAGUCGAGUCCUGUCUGAACUCCUCAUCAACCCAAGUGGUUGAAGAUGAUGAUGAGGAGGAGGAGCAACUCCGCCGAGAACAAACCCAGCACGAAAGAGCAAUGACCAUCUCCAACUGGGCCAACAUUUUCUUACUGGCUUUAAAGAUUUAUGCUGUCAUCAGAAGUGGAUCUUUGGCCAUUGCUGCAUCGACGCUGGACUCUCUGCUUGAUCUCAUUGCCGGCGGCAUUCUUUGGUUCACCCACUUGUCCAUGAAAGACAUCAACAUAUAUAAAUACCCUAUCGGAAAAUUAAGGAUGCAACCGGUUGGCAUCAUCAUUUUUGCUGCUGUCAUGGCUACACUAGGUUUCCAAGUGUUGGUUCAGGCAGCAGAACAACUGAUCAAAGAUGAGCCAUCUGAGAAGAUGAAUUGGGUGCAAUUGACUUGGUUGUAUGCAAUUAUGCUGACAGCAACUGCAGUCAAGCUUGCUCUCUGGAUUUACUGCAGAAGCUCAACAAACAAGAUUGUCCGCGCAUAUGCCAAGGAUCAUUAUUUUGAUGUGGUGACAAAUGUGGUUGGUCUGGUGGCUGCUGUGAUGGGAGAUAAAUUCUACUGGUGGAUUGACCCAGUUGGUGCUAUUGUUCUUGCUGCCUAUACCAUUUCAAAUUGGUCUGGGACUGUGCAUGAAAAUGCAGUGUCGCUCGUUGGACAAUCAGCUCCUCCAGAGGUUCUGCAGAAACUCACGUAUCUAGUACUCAGGCACCAUCCUCAAAUCAAAAGGGUUGACACAGUCCGUGCCUACACCUUUGGUGUUCUAUAUUUUGUUGAGGUUGACAUAGAACUGCCAGAAGACUUACCAUUGAAAGAAGCCCAUGCAAUCGGAGAGUCUCUGCAGAUUAAGAUUGAGGAACUCCCUGAAGUUGAGCGAGCCUUUGUACACCUCGAUUUUGAGUGUGAUCACAAGCCAGAGCACUCCAUUCUAAGCAGAAUUCCCAACAAGCAGCCUUGAUUCAUUCUAUAACGCCAUAGAGAGAGCAGCAGUUAAUAUUUGAGUUAAAACCCGGCAAUAUAUAUAUAUAUAUGUUAGCAAAACUCCAUAUUUCCCGUUGGCCUAGCAAUGAACAUUGUCUCCGAGCAUUUGAUUGUGGUGCCUGCAAGGAACAUCAUCAGAGUUUUUUAAGUUAGAAAGGAGGUCACUUGAGACUGUAGAACCAAAAGGCUAAUUGUCACUGGGUCAACCACACAUCUUACCAAUUGUUUCUGGCAUGUACACCUGUGACAUAAGGAUGGAGAGUAAAAGCCUGAUAGAGUUCUCUCCCACUUUCCCCAGUAUUUGUAAAGUACUACUCCUCUGAGCAUUUUUAUGUACCUUUCUUCUGCAUUUGU